AUGUUGAACCAUACGCCAUCCUCUCCCACAACUGAGACAAGGAGGAGGUGUUGUUCCAGGAUAUACAACAUCCUGAACUCGCAACCUGGAACUGGAGUACAUGUCCUGACACUUGCGAAAAUUUCACCCCCGCUGCUCACUCGUGUUUCGGGGAAGAAAGGCUUUUACAAGGUCCGAGAAGCAACCCUCCUCGCCAGAAAGCAAGGAUUCAACUUCAUCUGGAUCGACACAUGUUGCAUAGACACAAGUAGCAACACGGAGCCUUCUAAAGCCAUCAGCUCCAUGUAUCAAUGGUACAAAGAUGCGCAAAUCUGUUAUGCGUUUCUCGCUGAUGUCAGGUCAGUGACUGAGGAGGACCCAUCUGAAGAGACGUUUGAUUUUUCAGGGAAGCCGGUGAUUUACGCGGCGCUGGACAUUGCCAGAGCUGAUUGCCCCCCGUAA